AGGCAAAGUGGCAUGCUCCUUACUCUGUACUUUGACGUCUCCUGAUCCACACACAAGCAAUUCAAGCUUCUUAGCAUCUUACUUUUCCCACAAUGACAGUACCUCCUUUCGAGACGAUAUUCGCAGUGCCUAUGACAUGCCAGUCAUGCAUCGACGACAUUGAAGGCUCUCUCUACAAGUUGGGUGGCAUCAACAAAGUCACGGCCGACCUCAAGGAACAACUUGUGUCGAUUGAGGGCACAGCAGCACCGUCGGCGAUUGUAGAGGCGAUCCAAGCGACCGGGCGUGAUGCGGUUCUGCGAGGAUCGGGCAAAUCAGACAGCGCGGCAGUAUGCAUUCUAGAAUCACACGCACCACAGGUAGAGAACAAGGUUCGCGGGCUGGUGCGCAUGGUUGAAGUUGGGCCCAGUAUGACGAUCAUCGACCUGAGUAUCAGGGGACUGUCACCUGGAACCUACCAUGCCACAGUAAGAGAGACGGGAGACAUCUCCGAGGGACCGGAAUCGACUGGCGGGAUUUGGGAACUUGCACAGUCACAAAACGAAGGCAAGGCGUGUCGAGGUGUCUUUGGAACCGUUCAGGUUGGAAAAGGCGGAGUGGGAUCGGUGUUUCUCGACAAAGCCAUUCACAUCUGGGAAACGAUUGGGCGUAGCAUUGUGGUCGCAAGAGAACAGGACGGCAAGUUUGACAAGAACGACGCAGAUACACUGGUUGGGGUCAUUGCACGCAGCGCAGGCGUCUGGGAUAACGACAAGACGGUGUGCUCGUGCUCGGGCAAGACGGUGUGGCAGGAGCGCGAGGAGCAGCGCGACCGCGGCAUGCUGUGAGGCUGGCCGCCACGCAGAUAGAGCAAGCAAUCAUAGAGCCGGGUUAGAG